AUGGGAUUUUGGAGCUGUGGUAUGAAGAAGCGAGAACAUUUGGGGGUUUUGGGAUUAGGGUUCGAAUGGCAGCUUAUCUUCUCGUUGUCGAUUUUGUUGGCGGUUUCGCAACAAGCGGAGGGACUUAGACCCAUAAGGGAGAAAACUCGAUCAUGGAGCGAUGAGUGGCUCUUUGGUAGAAAACAAGUAACUGAAGGAGGUCCGUUUUCAGCAUGGAAUAUAACAGGAACAUAUAGAGGAAAUUGGAAGUUUCUGGACUCUGUAAAUAGCUCUUCAAAAGUUCAGGACUUCCAGAAAGAAAAUGGUAAUUCUGUGGUGGAGUUAGUGGCUGUUCCAACGAAGAUAACUGGUGUGCAUUAUGUUCAGGGUGUAGGUGUUUUCCAUGACGUGUUUGACAAUGAACAGAAUUUGGGUGGUACCCAAAUUAAUCUUGAAGGUGUAUAUAUAUGGCCCUUUAGACAACUCCGCCUUGUUGCUAACAGCGGCAAGGAGAGGGAUUCAGGGCAAGAAGACAACAAUCUUCUCUCAAAUCCCUAUCAUCUGCUCGGAAUCUUCUCUUCUCAAGUGUUUCAAGAAUCUCCAAGAGACAGAAUACUGAAACGGAAAAUUUCUCCAUUAAAUGAGAUGGAGAAGCACUGUAAUGUCGAAAUAGCUGCUCGGAUAUCUCGUGUGGCUUCUAGUGAAAACAAUGGAGACAGAAACUAUUAUCACAUGGAAGGACUGAUGGAAAGUCCCGGUGUAGGCGAUGACGGUGAUUGUUUCUCUCCUUUGUUACUGAAUGCGACCUCUGUGAAUGUCGAAGUCUACUACAACAAAGCUGUGAACUAUACACUGAUGGUCACUUUUGUCUCUUUCCUCCAGGUUCUUCUGUUGAUACGGCAGAUGGAGCACGGUAACACACAAUCUGGUGCUGCCAAGGUCUCCAUCGUCAUGAUUGGGCAACAAGCGAUCAUGGAUGCUUAUUUAUGCCUUUUACAUCUCACGGCCGGGAUAUUAGUUGAGUCUCUGUUCAAUGCAUUUGCAACCGCUGCGUUCUUCAAAUUCGUAGUCUUUUCGAUUUUUGAGAUGAGAUAUCUUCUGGCCAUAUGGAAAGCAACCCGGCCUUCGAACAGCGGAGAGGGUUGGGAAACAAUGAGGCGUGAGCUGUCCUUUCUCUACAGCCGUUUCUAUGGGAUCCUUCUUGGAGGCAUACUGAUUAUGUACCAGUUCCACAACUACAUGCGGCCGAUUCUUCUUCUCAUGCACUCAUUUUGGAUACCACAGAUAGUCACCAACGUCGUCCGGGAUUCAAGAAAGCCUCUGCACCCGUAUUACAUCUUAGGCAUGACGGUUACACGGUUAGCUAUACCGUUGUAUGUUUUUGGAUGCCCUCACAACUUCAUGCGUGUAGACACCAGCAAGCUCUGGUGCGUAUGCUUCUGCACUUUCAUGUGGUUGCAAGCUAUCAUUCUUCUUCUUCAGCACUAUUUUGGUUCACGUUGCUUUGUGCCUCGUCAGAUGCUACCAGAGAAAUACAACUACCACAGAAGAUGUAAUCAGGAAGCAAGCCGCAAUACUGAUUGCGUCAUCUGCAUGACAGCCAUUGAUCGCAGACAGCGUACCAGUGAUUGCAUGGUUACUCCAUGUGAACAUUUCUUCCACUCGGGAUGCUUACAGAGAUGGAUGGAUAUAAAAAUGGAGUGCCCUACUUGUCGGCGUUCGCUUCCUCCAGCUUAG